ACUUGAGAGUUCACACCGAGCUCUCGCUCUCUCUCUCUAAUGGCGGCAGAUAGAAACAAAUUGAGAUCUAAAGAGGUCUCAAACAUGAUAAAGCAAGGGUUCAUUGAAACCCCAUCUAUUAUUUUCUCUCCAUCAAGAUACAUUUCUAGGGUUUCUUCUCCUCCGCAAACCCCUUCACCUCCACAGCCUCCUCAUGUUAUAUACCCACCACACCAACUGCAAUCACGAACUACCCUUUUCGAAAUGAUGUCCAAUGAACAUGAAAAAGAAUCAAUUCAAUCUCCUGAUCAUGACGGGAAUAGUGCUAAGUUACAACAAAGAAUUAAUGAGAUCUUAACAAAUGCCCCUUUCCAAAAUCCUAAUUGGGGUGAACCUAGUGAUGUGAAGCUAGUUGUUGUUUCAAGGGAUGAGUCUUUUAAGGUUGAAAUGAGGUUGCAUCUUAAGAUUUUGGUUAAUGGAAGUCGAUUCUUUGCGGAUAAGUUGAAAUCUGGUGGGAAAAUUGAACAUUGUGUUGAGAUUUCUGAUAUUGAUGAUGUUGAGAUUUAUGUGGAGACAUUGGUGUUGAUGUAUUGUAAUGAUUUGAAGCAGAGAUUAAUGGGUGAGAAUGUGCAGAAGGUUUUGAGCUUACUUAAGGUGUGUUCUGACAUUAUGUUUGAUGUGGGAGUAAUAUCUUGUUUAAAAUAUUUGGAAGCAAUUCCAUGGACUGAGGAGGAAGAGGACAAAGUGGUAUCAGUUCUUUGUAAGCUUCAAACCAAUGACUUGGUGAUUGAAGUUCUUCAAAGACUUUAUCCUUCAGAACCAUCUACGUCGACAGAAGCCAAUGGCGUUUUCUUGCAGGUUAUGAGUGGUGUAUUACAAGCUAAAGAUGAUAAAGCUUGUCGGGAAAUGAAGAAUCUAAUUUUUAAAUUGUUCACAGUAGAGCCAACAUCUUCAAGCAAAGGAAACUAUCACUUGGAUGUUUCUAAAGAUACUCUUGAUAAUAUCUGCCACAGAUGUAUUAAUGCCCUUGUUAUUUGUGCAAAUGAAGUUACAAACAUUGAUGAAGGCAAGAGGGACCGAGCUGAUUUAAUGAGUGAGAUAAGUCGGGAAGCCAAUAAUCUUCGAUGGGUUGUUGAUAUUUUGAUUGAUAAAGAAAUGGGUGAUGAGUUUGUGAUACUCUGGGCAAAUCUAGCGGAGCUUGCUACUCUUCAUCCUAAAAUUCCUCCAAUGCGCCGUUAUGAAAUAAGCAGGAUCACUGUACAGCUAUGUAAUGCUAUAGGAAGAGGACUUAUUUAUGCAUCAAGAGAGACGAGAUUCUCACUACUGUGUACAUGGUUGGAGGCUCUAUAUACCGACUUUGGACUGAUGAAGAGAUGUUGUAGAAAUUUUGACAAGAAAUUGGUGGAAGAUGGAUUGGGUCGGACAAUACUAACAUUGUCAUUGCCACAGCAACAAGGGAUCUUAAUGAAUUGGCUUCAUCGGUUUGUGAGCAAAGGUGAUGAUUGUCCGAAUCUAAGACAAGCAUUCGAGAUUUGGUGGAGAAGAUCUUUCAUCAGGCAAUAUGCGGCCGAGCAGCAGGAUAGUUCAAAAUUGCAGAUUACCAGUGUCCCCUAUUGUUCAACACCCUAGGGGAACCAAAGCCGUAUUCUUUCUUUGGUGGCUUUACAAAAGCCUUCACCCCAUUUAUGUACAUACGUAACAUGUCAUUCUUUGGUAUAAUAUUUUGGGACUGUAGCAUAUCAUGUACAGAAGUUUUGCAAUGUCAUUAAUCCUUUCAUUGGCUG